CGAAACUCCAACAAUUAUACUCCGUAUUAUAUCUACUACAUAUCAUAAUACUUCUAUAAAUAAGAACAUAACAAAAAGAGAUAAUAAAAGAGAUGGGCUAUCUAGCAAUAUGAGCCAUUCUUAUGCAUAUUUUCUUCAUGAUAAUAUUGUCACAUGUUCAUUCCACCCCACCAAAUGACUCCAUGAAAUGCACCAAUCACACAACUAAUAUAAAUUGCACCAUCACUAACUCCUACGGUACUUUCCCAGAUCGUAGCAUAUGCCGCGCAGCCAAAGCUGCUUAUCCCAGAACAGAGGAGGAGCUGGUCGCUGUCAUCGCCGCCGCCACCAAGGAGAACCAGAAGAUGAAAGCCGCCACCCGGUUCUCCAGCAGCAUCACCAAGCUGGCGUGCCCUGGCAGCGGCGGAGGCGACGGUCUCAUCAUCAGCACAAUGCACCUGAACCGCACGUUGAAAGUUGACAACCGGAGCAUGACGGUGACGGUGGAGAGCGGAGUGAGUCUCCGGCAACUGAUCAACGACGCGGCGGAGGCGGGGAUGGCGUUGCCCUACACGCCGUAUUGGUGGGGGUUGACGGUGGGAGGGAUGAUGGCCACGGGAGCUCAUGGGAGCUCGUUAUGGCGCUCGGCGGGGACCGCCGUUCAUGAUUUCGUUGUCCGGGUUCGGAUUGUGACUCCCGCGUCGCCGGAGGAGGGCUAUGCCACCGCCCGGCAACUCGAGGAAGAUGACCCGGAGAUCAAUGCAGCUAGGGUUUCCCUAGGCGUCCUUGGAGUCAUUUCACAGGUGACCCUGAAAUUGGAACCGAUGUUUAAACGGGCCAUGACGUACGCUGAGGAGGAUGACGGAGACUUGGGGGAGGACGCGACCGUGUUUGGUUCCCAACACGAAUUUGGAGACAUGGCUUGGUUUCCUAGCCAGAGACGAGUAGUGAAGCGCAUUGAUAAUCGGGUCGAGACAAACGCGCCCUCUAGAGGUCUCAAUAAUUUCUUGGGAUUUCGACCCAUUCCUUCACUUGUGUUAGGCCUCGUGAGAACUGCAGAGGAAAGUAUGGAAGCACUCAAUUAUGCCAACGGGAAGUGCAUACUUGCAGAUACAUCUAAGUUCAUUUUAAAAGCUGCUGGAUAUGGAUUUACUAACAAUGGUGUCAUCUUUACCGGGUACCCUAUAAUUGGAUACCAAAAUCGGCUUCAAUCAUCCGGCACUUGUCUAGACAGCUCAUACAAUGAAUUGCUAACCGCUUGUCCAUGGGACCCUAGAGUUAAGGGGUUAUUCUUUCACCAAACAACAUUUAGCAUUAGUCUCUCCAAGGUGAAAGGUUUCAUAGAAGAGGUACAAGACUUGGUGAAUUUGGACCCAAAAGCAUUGUGCGGUGUGGGGUUGUAUGAUGGCAUACUCAUGAGAUAUGUCACAUCCUCGAGUGCAUAUUUAGGGAAACAAGACGACUCGAUAGACUUUGACAUUACUUACUACCGGAGCAAAGACCCAAAAACUCCUAGACUUUAUCAAGACUUCCUAGAAGAAAUUGAACAGCUCGCAAUUUUCAAGUACAAGGCCUUGCCACAUUGGGGGAAGAACAGAAAUGUGGCCUUCUUAGGGGCAAUAAAGAAGUAUACAAUGUUUGAUGAGUUCUUGAAAGUUAAGGACAAAUAUGACCCUAAAGGAUUGUUCUCAAGUGAUUGGACGGAUCAAGUUUUAGGUCUUAAGAAAGGAUUGGUGAUUGCAAAGGAUGGUUGUUCUUUGGAAGGAUUGUGUAUUUGCUCACAAGACUCUCAUUGUGCUCCAAGCAAAGGGUAUUAUUGUCAACCAGGAAAAGUGUACAAGGAUGCUAGGGUUUGUGCUCUGAGGUAGGUAAUAGUAUAUUUCAUGACCAUACAUGUUAGGAGUAUUAUAUUAAGGGACGAGUCGUGACUUGUCCGCAAUGGCCCCUUCAGACCCGGUCGAACGGUCACUGAUAAAAAGUAAAUUAAACUUUGAUUG